UUUUGCCACUUAAAGCGUAACAUACGGUAUUACUGUGCAUCCAAUGUCAGUACCGUACGAUCAGUCUUUAUAUACUCUACUAAUAAUUAUUAUAAUAACAAUGUUUAGAUAAAAAAAAUCGCGAUUUGUGUAUUGCUUUAACGCAUUUUAUAGAUACAACAAAACAAAAUCUGAUAUCUGUGAUAUUAUUAUUUGUUAGUAUAGUACUUGAUAGUGUUGUUGUGUAUUCAGUGGUGGAAAGUUAUUGUAAUUUACUUUCACUCGGGUAUUGUUUCUGAUUAAUAUAGGUUUUCAGGCAAAAAUAUUCAAAAAUGACUUGGGAUUUCAUCGACGAUUACACUGGGGAUGGGUUCGUGAAAUUUCAGGACAAAAUUUUCGAUAUGGAUAACUUGAAACUGGACCAACACUAUUUUAUGGUCACUACAGAAAAUAGUGAAAUAGAUUUGAAUGAAGUUUACAUAUACAGUCUCAAUCCAGAAUGUGUAGAGUGUCCUUAUACAUUUCUGGAUAAAUCCACCACAGAAAUCCUGGAAACCGGAAGAAAACUUAGAUUAAGCACUGAACAGAACGAAUAUUCCUAUAAAGACAUAUCCAGAGGUGUCAUAUGUGAUUUAGAUCCAAAUUUUGAACAAUUUGGAAUAUAUAACAUUAAAAUUCAAAAUACAAGUUCCUGCAGUGUCGAGACUAUCAAAGAACCUGUCAAUGCUUAUUCCCCUAUUAUUACUGUACUUUUGUUGCACAUUCUUGUUUUUGGUAGCGUUUAUUAUUUAUUUUUGUUUUACAAUAAAUGGAAAAGAAACAAAGAAUCUCAAGUUGAUGGAGGAUCAAACGAAGAAGCACCUAAAAAAGAAAGGGUUAUGUCUAUAGAUGCCUUCAGAGGAAUAAGUAUUGUAAUAAUGAUCUUUGCAAAUUUUGGUAAUGGAGGCUACCAAUUCGUUCACCACGCUAUUUGGAAUGGCCUACACGUAGCAGACUUGGUAUUUCCGUGGUUUAUGUGGAUCAUGGGCACAUGUAUCCCCAUAUCCUUAGUAUCCAGUUUUAAAAGGAACAUUUCUAAUAAAGAUCUCAUCAUAAAUGUAGCCAAGAGAUCUGUUAAACUGUUUUUGAUUGGUAUAUUCCUGAACUCUGGCUGUGAUGUAUACUACAUAAGAAUAUUUGGAGUUUUGCAAAGGUUUGGGCUUUGUUAUUUUAUUGUAACGACUAUAUGUAUUCUUACAAUGGACAGGAAUUUGAAUGAAAAAACUGAGCAUAAGUUAUGGAUUCAAAGAGAAAUGGCUGACAUAUUAAAAAUCUGGAAAGGUUGGUUAAUAUGCCUCGUAAUCCUGAUUGUUCAUACUGUUCUAAUAUUCACUGUAUCUGAAUCAAAUUGCCCAAAAGGAUAUAUGGGCCCAGGAGGACUUCACAAAAACGCAUCUUUCAUACACUGUAUCGGUGGAGCAACAGGCUAUAUAGACCGCCUGAUUUUAGGCAACCACGUAUACCAAAAACCAACAAUCUAUACCGUUUACGAAGCAAAACCUUUCGAUCCCGAGGGUAUCGUUGGUUGCCUGACCACCAUAUUUCAUGUGAUGCUUGGCGUUCAAGCUGGAGUAACGCUUCUUGUGAUCAAAUCUCACUACCAGAGAAUUUUGAGAUGGGUCGUAUGGUCUGUUGUACUGGGUGUUCUUGGAGGAGUUCUUUGUGGGUUUUCUAAAGAAGACGGAUUAAUUCCUGUGAAUAAAAAUCUGUGGUCUAUAUCCUUCGUAUUCGUAACCAGCUGUUUUGCCUUCAUUUUAUUGAGCAUUUUCUAUUUUUUGAUCGAUGUAAAGAAGUGGUGGACAGGAAAACCACUUCUUUUUGCUGGAAUGAACGCGAUCAUCCUGUAUAUAGGUCAUGAAAUGACUGACAACCAUUUCCCAGUCAGAUGGUUUUAUUCUGAAGAUUUGAAUGACGAUGGUAGAAGAACGCAUUUUUUGGCACUGUUGUCGGAUUCAUGGGCGGCAGAUUUUUGGGUUAUAGUCAGUUAUUAUUUAUACAAAAUACAGUAUUUCUUUACUGUUUAAUUAAUAAUGCUAUAUAAAUUUUAAGGAUGUCUUUAAAAAUACUUUAUUAAAUCUUUAAAUAAAAAUCAAAAAUUAUACAAUUAAAUCAAAGUAAAAAAUAUAGAAAAAUCAUAUUAUUUUUUCAUAUAUUUUAUAAUUUCUUCAAUUUCUAUAUAAGCUUAAGAAUGAUUUGCCUUCAGGAUACUGUAACCAAUUUUCUUCAGAGUAUUUUGUAUUUUUCUGUUCAAUCACAUGAAAUGUAUAGGCAUGUCUCGAUUUUUUCGAUUUAUUUAUUUCGCUGAGAUGUACUACCUGUCCAUGGAUUAGGACUAAAGUACCUAAAAAUAGAGAUAAAAAUGUAUUAUAAUCAUUUUUAUCAGGAAACAAUGACUUAGUUGAAAGAAAAAUUAAAUUUUUCUCAGAAUUUAUGAUUUUCUUUUGAAAAAAUUAAAUAGAUCCAUUAUGUGUUGUUUGACAAUAUGGUUAAAA